AUUGUUAUUAUGAAUCUUCAAAGGCUGAGCACUUGCCUAGCAUGCACAAGCCCUGGAUUCAACAAAACCAAACAAAACCAAACAACAAACAAGAACAACAAAACAAUGCUCAAGAACUGCAAAAGAUAUUUCUUUGCCAUUGAGUUUCCUAGCAGCCUAAGUAACAAGGGAGACUGUGAUUAGGGCAAUUCAAAUUUGAUGAUAUUUUUAUAGGAGGGACAAGAUAUUCAGGAAAUGUUUAACUCUAGUUUUCCAGAAGAUUCAUCUAAAGAAAUGAGUCCUCUUUUUCUUCAAGCAUUUAGAUAAAAAGCAAUUUUAUAAUUAAGUGAAAAAUAGAAAUAAUUUAAUUUGAUGUUAUUCAGUAAAGUACUAUUUCCACAUGUGUUUCAAUAGAACUUAAAAAAUUAUAACGCUACAUAAAUGAUCACUUAGCAAUUGUUUUGGGCAAAAUAUAAAACAAAACACAUGAAAUUCUCUGGUGGUGGAUGUGCACAGUACUCACAAUUUCAGGCACAAGGUGUCGCUCUUUGCUUGGUGAAAAAAGUUCAUUCAUAGAUUGGUCGGAACAGUCCCUCACUCCACAUACAAAACCCGACACCAUCAUGCUGGAUGCUACGGCUAAAAGGACCCUCUUAAACUCCCCCAAAAUUUAUCGAGAUUUUGAAUACGGAAGCAUCUGAUACUGAAAGUGUAAGGAGUCAUUUUGGAAGCCAAUUUCAUAUGCAAUGUUAGGUUUUCAGAAAAGGGGAUCCGGCACUCUGCGACCUCUGCUCUGGCUCUUGCUCCUCACAGCCUGGCAGGCAGGGAGCGGCCAGCUCCACUACUCCAUCCCGGAGGAGGCCAAACACGGCACCUUCGUGGGCCGCAUCGCGCAGGACCUGGGGCUGGAGCUGGCCGAGCUGGUGCCCCGCCUGUUCAGGGUGGUGCCCAAGGAUCGCGGGGACCUUCUGGAGGUAAAUCUGCAGAAUGGCAUUUUGUUUGUGAACUCUCGGAUCGACCGGGAGGCGCUGUGCGGGAGGAGCGCGGAGUGUAGCAUCCACCUGGAGGUGAUCGUGGACAGGCCGCUGCAGGUUUUCCACGUGGAGGUGGAGGUGAGGGACAUUAACGACAACCCGCCGGUGUUUCCUCUCAAAGAACAAAGGCUAAGGAUUUCAGAAUCAAAGCCACCAGACUCGCGCUUUCCGCUAGAGGGAGCUUCGGAUGCUGACAUAGAGGAGAAUGCUAUGUUGAUCUACAGUUUAAGUCAGAACGAGUAUUUUUCUUUAGAAUCACUCACAAAUAGCAAGCAGACUAAAAGACCGUCACUUAUUUUAAAGAAAUCUCUGGACAGGGAGAAAACCCCGGAACUUAAUUUGCUACUGACGGCCACAGAUGGGGGAAAACCUGAACUCACCGGCACACUUCAGCUCCUGGUGCGCGUCUUGGAUGUUAACGACAAUGAUCCGGAGUUCAAUCAAUUAGAAUACAAGGUAAGAAUAACGGAAAAUGCUGCUAAAGGAACUGUUGUCAUCAAGUUAAACGCCACAGACCUGGAUGAAGGAGUGAACGCAGAUCUUUCAUAUUCUUUGAUGUCGAUUAAGCCCAACGGAAGACCUUUAUUCACGCUAGAUGAAAACAAUGGAGAGCUGAGGGUCAAUGGAACUUUAGAUUAUGAAGAAAAUAAAUUUUAUGAAGUUGAGGUGCAGGCCACAGAUAAGGGGACUCCCCCAAUGGCAGGUCACUGUACAGUCUCCAUAGAAAUCUUAGAUCUCAAUGACAACUCCCCGGAAGUGAGCGUGACUUCCCUGUCCCUCCCAGUGCCAGAGGAUACUCAGCCAAACACAGUCAUUGCUUUGAUUAGCGUAUCGGACCUUGACUCAGGUGCCAACGGCCAGGUGACCUGCUCUCUUACACCCAAAGUCCCCUUCAAAAUCGUAUCCACCUUCAAAAACUAUUAUUCUUUGGUGUUGGGUAGCAAUCUGGACCGAGAGAAAGUGUCGGCCUAUGAUUUGGUAGUAACCGCCCAUGAUGGAGGCUCGCCUUCGCUGUGGGCCUCGGCCAGCGUGUCCGUGGAGGUGGCUGACGUGAACGACAAUGCGCCUGCGUUCGCGCAGCCCGAAUACACGGUGUUCGUGAAGGAGAACAACCCGCCGGGCGCCCACAUCUUCACGGUGUCGGCGGUGGACGCGGACGCGCAGGAGAACGCGCUGGUGUCCUACUCGCUGGUGGAGCGGCGGGUGGGCGAGCGCGCGCUGUCGAGCUACGUGUCUGUGCACGCGGAGAGCGGCAAGGUGUAUGCGCUGCAGCCUCUGGACCAUGAGGAGCUGGAGCUGCUGCAGUUCCAGGUGAGCGCGCGGGAUGCUGGUGUGCCUGCCCUGGGCAGCAACGUGACUCUGCAGGUGUUUGUGCUGGACGAGAACGACAACGUGCCUGAGCUCUUGCCUCUUAGAGUUGUUGGAGCUGGUGGCGCAGUGAGGGAGCCGGUGCCUAGAUCCGUGAGUUCUGGACACGUGGUGUUGAAGGUGCGCGCGGUGGAUGCAGAUUCUGGCUACAAUGCUUGGUUGUCAUAUGAACUGCAGUCUUGGGCAGGCGGCGAACGCAGCCCUUUCAGCGUGGGUUUGUACACGGGUGAGAUAAGCACUACUCGCGCCUUGGAUGAUGCGGAUGCACCGCGACAGCGCCUGUUGGUGCUGGUGAGGGACCAUGGAGAGCCAGCGCUGACUGCCACCGCCACAGUGCUGGUUUCUCUGGUUGAGAGCAACCAGGAGCCGAAGGCCUCUUCGAGGGCGUUGGAGGGCACAGCAUCCUCUGACCCAUCGCUAGUGGAUGUUAACAUGUAUUUGAUCAUCGCGAUAUGCUCAGUGUCCAGCCUGUUGGUGCUCACGCUGGUGCUGUACACCGCCCUGCGCUGCUCAGCGCUGCCCAUUGAGGGCGCUUGCGGGCCUGGGAAGCCCAUGCUGGUGUGCUCCAGCGCCUUAGGGAGCUGGUCCUACUCGCAGCAGAGGAGGCAGAAGACGUGCUCUGGAGAAGGCCGGUCCAAUACCGACCUUAUGGCCUUCAGUCCUAAUGUUCCUCCUGGUUCGGGUUCUGGAGAUAGUGGAGUCCAAAAUGGGAUCUUUGAGAAUGUAAGCACAGUCAUUCUGGAAUGCAUUUCAUGCCUCUUGAUGUCACUCAUGUAG